AUGGGGUUCUUCAAGCGUUUGCGAGCGAAGACGCGGAGUCGAGGGUCGAAGAAGGAUCUCGGUCAACAGCAGGAGCAGUAUCACAAUGGCUACGGGCAGCCACAAUCAAGCUACGGUAGCAGGCCUGCCAAAGACUACACGAAAGUGCUGCCUCCGAAUGUCCUGUCGAAUAUCUUCUCGCAGGUCUGUCCGCAUGUGCGAGAUAGCUCGCUGACCUCGUCGGAGGAGUCGAUGACCGAGGAUGGUUGCAUGCUAUGUGAUAUGCGCGAUCUGGCGCAUGCUGCUUUGGUAUGCACGCAGUGGUACCAGAACGUCCGCAUCGAUGCUGUACACUACUGCGAGCUUGAGAUCGAGCUAGCAGCAAAGCGGAAGAAGAAUUCCUUCCUGAACCACAAUGCCGAACCCCUCGACGCUCCUCGAACCCGUCUCCUCCUCUUUAUGCGAACGGUCCGUGACUCGAGGGCGCUGGGAUGCAUGGUCAAAUCGCUACGCAUGCCGUAUAUGACCCGUGAAGCAAGCAAGAGCGAACUUGCACGAACGAUCUCUGUGCUCCCCAACCUACGCUACGUAGACCUGCCGGCCGGGUUCUUCAGUGAUGAUGCCUCCUCGCAAACCUUGAAACAGGAACUACUCGCUCGGUGUCCGGACAUUCGACGCAUGAAGUUCGCACGAGGCGCUGAAAGCAGUUUCUCUCGCAUGCCCAAGAUCAAGGCCUGGCCUAACCUGGAAGUUCUGGAGCUAUCUGCACUUAAUAUCGAAACAAACCUGCUGCGCAUGGUGCUUGGAUACUUUGAACGGCUGACCGAGCUGAGGUUCGAGGAUAUGCCUAUGCUGGAGGAUACCGUCUUCAAAUCUGUGCCGACAUUGCCGCCCUUCCCAUCCGUCCAGCGCCUUACCUUGACAGAUACGCCGAAGAUCACCAGCCGAGGUCUGGGAUGGUAUCUAUCCAGCCAGCAGAGCCGCAACGCCCUACGUCAUUUGUCCGUGGUGAACACAGGUGUUGAGCCACAGCGACUGCACGAAGUUCUAGCUCAAGCACCAUAUAUCUCCAGUCUCUCGAUGAUGCAGGAGGUAACCCGGGAAUUCCCACCUGAAUACGUCCCACCACUGGCCUCCAACACCCUCAGCCUUUUACACUACGAAAUCACCUCGGAAUCAGGCUCAUACGGCGUCCAAGCCCUGUCGACCUCAUACUACACAUACCUGAUGUCAUCUCUCCUAACCGGCUCUCUCCCUAAUCUCAUAGACUUGUAUGUCCGCGACGCCAACUUCCCAGAGACCCUCAUGCUCGCUCCGCCGCCGCGAGUAUUUGGCGGCGGAGAAGGUGGACCACAGGGCCACGCCGGCCUCAACCAGGCGCUAUCCGUAUACAGCAAGGGUAUGGACGAGCUGGAGUGGAACUUCACCACCUACCAACCCUACGCUGAAGCUGGACGGCGGAUGAGCACCACGCGCCCGGUGAGCUUACACGGUGCCCAGCUGAGUCCUGCAUGGGGCGGGGAGGCGCGUAGGAGCGUGCUGGUAGGAAACGGGUUCGGCGGGUUCCUUGCUGUGCCUGCUGAAGAAGAACGACGGACGAGCACGAGUACCUGGGGCUCGUCGUCUGGGAAGAAGGAGAAACGAGAUCUCUGGCGUUGA